AUGGCUGCGAACACGACAGUUUUCAUGACCCCAGAAGAAUCUGGCCGAGUGCAAACGACGGUCCGGGAUCUCCUGCGCAAGCGGCGGGAUCAAAGAGGCCAGAAAUGGACAACUCAUGAUCCCAUAUCACUAAUCCAGGAAGCAACAUCGGCAUCUCUUUUACAGGACCUCUCUUCCGCUGCUUUUGGAUUGGGGGCAGCAUCCAAGCAGAGCCAGGACACUAUUGUAGCCUACGGCAUUGGUACCCCCUACUUGCCAAGUACCGCCAAACUGCAGGACCUAGUUCCCAUGAAACUGAGCGAUCUCUGUAUGGAAACACAUCACCGAGGGUAUGUGCUUUCUCUCCGCAGGGUGUCUCCCGUGGUCGAGAUGAAAAGCUCGUCCUGGGCGGUUUUCCAAGGAGAUUCCCAGAACGAGGUGGAGCGCCUGGAGGUUUUCCUACACACGUCUCAAAAUGGCCAAAAUACGUUGAAUCUAGGGUUUGAAUUCCUGGUCAAAGAGCCGUACUAUACCCUCAACAACCAUGGCCAACGUACCAUCCGUAUCGACCAUCCUUCUGAUCUGGUCAUCUCAACACACAAUAAUGACCCCGAGUCAUGGAGGCGUAGAGAUCGGACCGAGGGAUUGCAAAGAGACUGUACUCCUGUGGAGUGCAAAGAGCUGGGGAACACUGCUAUCUACGACAAAAAUUACGCAAUGGCACUGGCGCAUUACACCGAGGGCCUGCGCGUGCUGAUGAUGCAGGGCGACGACUCCAGCUCCUCCCUGAAGCACGAUCUAUAUCGAAACCGCUCACACGUCAAUCUAAUACUUGAAUGCUAUGAUAACGCAAUAGCUGAUGCUUUGGAAUCACUCACUCGUGGUGAGGAUGGGUCUCAGAAGGACCUUGACGCGAAGGCAUACUUCCGCGCCGGUACUGCUGCGUACCGUCUGAGCAAUUUCCGGGAUGCCAAAGACUACUUCAACGAACAGUUGAGGCUUCUUCCCGGUAACAAAAUUGCCAGUACAUAUCUUGAAAGGAUUGAAGUGCGGGAGCACGAGAUGAGUGAUGGGGUACAUGACAAGGACAAAGCCUUGCGGAGCCUCUCGAAAACCAAAAGACGGCUAGAUGCUGCGGACUUCGUUAGACGUACAAAGGUGAAAAGGAGCUCUGUGUGUGGGAAAGGCCUAUUCGCAACAGAGGACAUUGAGCCUAAUGACAUUAUCAUGUGUGAGAAAGCAUUUUGCGUUGUCUGGGGCAAUGAGGAUGAGGCUUUCUCUGCUUUGACAUCCGACGUACGAGACGAUGCAGCUAUUCGAGUCUUCCCUGCAGGUUUACAUCAAGCAGUGGUCCAAAAGCUCAUGAAGAAUCCAUCUCAAAUAGAGAAAGUUUUGGAUCUCUUUGGCGACUACGAGGGCCUUGGCAAGAAACCCUGUGAGAGAGAUGGAUUUCCUGUGAUCGAUACCUUCCAGAUCCAUGAUAUUGUCCAGCGUAACGCAUUUGGUAUCGGUCAGCAGUCGGAGGAUGAAGAUCAUCGCAACGCCAGUACGGGGCUUUGGAUCAGGGCCUCGUACAUAAAUCACUCGUGUAUAGGGAAUGCAAAGAAGGAGUUGGUGGGCGACCUGAUGGUUAUUCGCGCAACCCGCAAGAUCUUGGCUGGCGAGGAAAUCAUGCACAGCUACGACGAGACGAGUGAUUACGACUCGAGAAUGAAAGCGCUACAUCUGGCCUGGGGUUUCCAUUGCAGUUGCAGACUGUGUACUGUCGAGGCCCAGGAUAGUCCGGCUUUACGCAAGAAGCGGCUGAUGUUGGAGAAAGACGCAGACCUUUUCAUUGAGAGAACCAAGCCAGCAGGGGCGGGAAUCAUUCCCGUUAGCAGAGCAAAGAGACUACGCAGAUCUAUUGAGGAGACAUAUAACGAGAAGCGUUACAAGAACCUUCCUCGCAGAGCACUUGUUGGCAUUGAACAAUGGCUACAAGCAGCAGGUUGCAGAUAA